CGUUGGCGCCUGCGCGGAGUCGGUUCGUGAUGGCGGCGCUGCGGCUGUGGCCGCUGUGGCUGCAGGGCUUGGCGCUGGUGUGGGGCCGCGCCGGGACGGGGCUGGCGCACCUCGCCGCCACGGCUCCGCCAGCACCGGCGCAGGAAUGUUCAGAGUUUUCCCAGAGGUCCUGUGAAGAAUGUCUAAAAAAUGUUUCGUGCCUUUGGUGUUACACCAACAACACUUGUAUUGAUUACCCUGUAAGAAGCAUUCUUCCGUCUUCAUUAUGUUCCUUCUCAAAUGCUCGAUGGGGAGUUUGCUGGAUAAACUUUGAGGCUUUAAUUAUUGCCAUAGCUGUAGUAGCUGGACUCAUUCUGGUGUCCAUAGCAGUCUGUUGCUGUUACUGCUGUUACUGCAGAAGGCGUUCCAGGAGUAGACCAGAUGAAGAAGAAGAACGGCUAGCUAGAAAGAGAGAGGAACGAAGACUACAGUCUCUUCAGAGGAAACAUGAAAGAAAACUGAAGCAUGAUGAAAUACGUAAGAAGUAUGGUCUUCUCCAGGAUUGUGAUAAUCCAUACAGCAGAUUUGAGAACGAAUAAAGCUGAGCACCUUCCACUAGAGCUGUAACUCCAGAACACAGGAAGAUACUUUGUUUUCCUUUGCCCUUUGGGUUCUUUUUUCCCCAAAGUGUUUCCCCCACCUCCCUCCCCCGGUUGUAAAACUAGGAGUGGAUAAAGACUUCAUGAAAUACCUGUUUCUGUCUUCUACCUAUAUAGAACUAAUUUUUUUAUAAAUACUUUUGGUGUUGAAAUGUUUGCUGAUUUUUUUUUUUUUUUUAAUGAUAACAUUUAAGUGUGAAAUACUAUCUUUCCUCCUCUUAAAAGUGUGUUUUAUUAUAUUAUCUAGAUGGCUAAUAGUCACAGUCAUGUGUUUGAAUUCAGUCUUAACUGCCACUUAAAACAGUUGUUCCCAUAUUCUUAAAAAAAAAAAAUUUACUGUAUCUUUUUUAUAAAAAUAAAAGGCAACAUGGAAGCACAGCUUCACACAGCAGAAAUAGCUGAUGUUGGUAUUGAUGAGAAAAUACACCAGGCACAUACUUAUGUACUACCAUCAUGUGAGAACUGGGUGGAUGUUUUUUUUCCCUGUGGAAAAAGAUCUUCAAGAGUGUAAUGUCUAAGGGCUGAGAGAGGGGAGCAUAUUUGAAUAAUUCAACUUAGUUGUGGAAAUGUUAAUAUGUACUUUGGAUGUAUCACCGAUGUGAAAGAAACUACUUCAGUUAGAAAAAUGGGAAGAAAGUCAUUCUUGAAAUAUAGUUAUGUGUGCCUGAAUUUAAGAAGAAACAUCAGUCUGUGUGAACACUUUCUGCUAUAAGCUUAAUGUAUAAUUAAAAGAAAAGGAAAAAAAAAAAGCCAAAAUUCUGUAGUUUAUCAGGGUUGACCCUGGUCAGCAGCUAAGCCCCACCCAGCUGCUUGCUCCCUCCCUCCCUCCCUACAGUGGGAUGAGGGAGAGAAUGAGAACAGCAAAAGCGAGAAAACUUUUGGGUUGAGAUAAAGGCAGUUUAAUAAGUGAAGAAAAGGAGGGUAGGAGGAACAAGUCAUGCAAAAGCAAUCACCACCUCCCAGAAGUAGACCUCUGCCCACCCUCCCCCUCAGUUUUUGUUGCUGAGCAUGAUGUUGUAUGGCCUGAAUAUCCCUUUGGUCAAUUCUGGCCCGCUGUCCUAACUGCGUCCUCUCCCAGCUUCUUGCCACCCCUGGCCUACUUGCUGGAGCAGGCAGAGUGGGGAAAAAUGAAACCUUGACGCUGUGCAAGCAAUGCUCAGCAAAAGCCAAAGUACUGGUGUGUUAUCAGCACAGUUCUAGCCACAAAUCCAAAGCAAAGCACCAUAUGGGCUGCUAUGAAGCAAGUUACUUCCAUCCCAGCCAGACCCAGUACAGUAAGAAAGCAGUAUUUUCUUAACCUUUUAUUGUUCUUUUGAUAUUUCCAUAAUGUGAUUUAUUUUCUCUUUUUCUUUUUGUAGAGGUAUUUCACUGAGCAUUUUUACUAGCGUACCAGUAACAGGCAAAGAGCUCUUCUCCCCGAGUCUAAUGCAAGUUCCCAUUUAUUCUGUACAGUUUAAAUAACCUCCCUUGCUGUCUAUUAUCCAUUAAACAAAUGUACAAUGUUGAAGAUGUUCAUGUUAUUUUUAUUAAUGUUCCUAAAAUAAAAACUUUAACAUCUUUAA